AUGAGAGGUGUUGGAGGACCACUUCUUUGCAUAGGCGAUCUCCUAAACGACGUCGGAGAAUCAGAUCCUGACACUUCCCAACCCCAUAUCCAUCUUUACCCUUCUUCUUCUUCUUCUUCUACCAUCUCAUCGCAGAGCAUUGACCUCACCAAACUCUUCGAGGAAAACUACAAGGAUCUGAAUGAGGCACUUGCUGGGUCUGAUCAGUCAUGGACCGGUCUAACUUUAAAGUUGUGCUCGGGUCUGGAAACUGCAAACAAGUUGGUCCAAUCCACUAUCUCAAACGUUAGAUCACUAUCGGAGAAGGUUGGGGAGCUUGAGGAAGUUUUCAAGAAGGGGGAUUCUGCUGUAGCAGCGGUCAGGGGUGUUAUUUCUUCUUUUAGCGAAAAUCAAGGAAGAACACCUAUUGGAACUCAAACAUUGAAUUAA